AUGCGCUCCCUUCCCCCUCCUCUCUCUCUCUCUCUCUCUCUCUCUCUCUCUCAGACCCUAACAAGUUACGGGUCAUUAUCUUUUAAUGUUCGUUUUUCCUCGAUUUUCUUGCUUUUCCUUUCAGUUUUUAUUUAUCUUUCCUUGUUUUUAACUACCCCCUCCCUACUUCUUUCUAUUUACGGAAACUACGUCUCAUAUUUUCUUUAUAUUUAUUCUCUAUUACUGGUGAGUACUUAUCAUUUUCUCUCUUUUUUCUAUCUUCCUCUCUAUUCUUUCAUAUUAUUAUUCUGUAUGUCUGUCUCUCUUUUAUCUCUCUCUCUCCUUCUGUUUCUCUUAUUUCAUUUUUCUGUCAAUCUUCCCCUUUCUCUUCAUCUCUCUUUCAAUAUUUUUUCUUUCCCUGUCUUUCUUAAUUUCUCUCUCUCUUUCUCUCUCUCUUUCUCUCUUUCAUUUUGUCUGUCUCUCCUUUCUUUCUUUCUUUCUUUCUUUCUUUCUUUUGUUUCUUUGUUUCUUUAUUUCUAUCGUCAUUUCCUUCUUUUUGCCUUAACCGUCUUAUUCUCUCUUUUUCGCUGUUUUCUCUUGUGUUCUUUACUUUGUAUUUUAUAUUUACAUUUUAUCUUUCGCUUUUUUUUCUUAUCUCUCGUUUCCCAGGCUAUUUUAUCAAUAUCAUCUUCUUCCUUUAAUUUUUUUUUCUUUCUUUCUUUCUUUCUUUUUUCUUUCUUUCUUUCUUUCUUUCUUUCUGAGCGAGAUCAAACGCUAUGUCUGCUUCUUCUGCCCGCAGUGGAUUCGACGUCAACGCCGACUGCAAGCGCAUUUCUAGCAUUUUCUCUCAACAGCCGAUAG